AUAGCGCCAACGUGAUCCUCUGGUCCUUUCUAUCCCCCUUUCCCUUGUUUCCCUCCAAUCCCUUUCCGCACCUUCAAGUCUCUCUCUCUCUCUCCGUUGCUGUCGUUUGGCCAGGUCGGUUAUCUUGCUGAUACACGUAUUAUACACACUUAUGUCUGUAUUAUAGGCGAAAAAUUUAUCAAGAAGAUUACAUUAGGAGCAAAAGGGGAUGUGUUAGAUCAUGCGCUGGAUAGAUGAAGCAUGGCGAUGUCGGCGGCACUGCGCGCCAAUCUCUCUGCCCCUUAUUCUCACCGCCGAUCCAUGUUAUGCUCUCUCUGGUUAAAUGGGAAGCAGAAGAGAUUAGCUUUUGUGACAGGUACCCAAAGAAACAUUCAUCGAUUGUGGAUUAUUAAUGUGUUGGACAACUGGCAAGAUAGUAUCAAUGACAAUGGGGCAGCUGAACCUGCUAGGGUUCUUCUUGAGAGAUUGUUUGCCCAGACACAGAAACUUGAAGAAAUGGGUAGAGAUUCUAGUGUUUUUCAGGAUUCUCAGCUGGGGCUUAAUCUUGGAACCUUGGAAGCAGAUCUUCAAGCUGCGUUGGCUGCCCUGAAGAAGAAGGAAGAAGAUCUGCAAGAUGCAGAAAGGAAGGUGUUAUUGGAGCAUGCUGAGCUAAAUCGUGCUAAAGAAGAUUUGUUGCAUCAGAAGGAAGAAAUAGCAGCUGCUUGUUCUAAUCAUGAAAAGCUAGAAGAGGAGCUGAAGCUGGCUAAUCUUAAAUUAGCUUCUCAAGCCACUCAAAUAGAAGAUCUGAAGUUUCAAAUCACUGAGAGGGAUAAAGAAAUUUCUGCUGCACAAUCUGCACUAGCUUUCAAAGAAGAUGAAAUGAGUAAAAUGAAAAAUGAAUUGAUGAAGAAGGGAGAGCAAGCUGCCAGUACUGAAUUGGAACUUAAAUCAAAGGCUCAUUUACUGGAUCAAACCAAUGAAAUUGUGAAGAAACAAGAACUUGAGCUUCAACAACUUCAAAAACUGAUUCAAGAGAAAGAGGACGAACUAGAGGUCUCGACAACAUUGCGGAAACUUGAAGGGGAGAAGCUAAAAGUUGCAGAGGCCAAUUUGGAGAAGCAGACAACUGAGUGGAUUUUAGCACAAGAAGAACUGAAGAAACUGGCAGAGGAAGCAUCUAAGCAUGCUGGGGAAGCUAAUGAAACAUUGGAGGAUUUUAGGAGGGUGAAGAAACUUCUAACUGAUGUCAGGUCUGAAUUAUUUUCAACUCAGAAAGCUCUCGCUUCUUCUAGACUGAAGAUGGAAAAUCAGGAUCUGCUGCUACAAAAGCAAUUCAUAGAACUGGAAGAACAAAAGAAAAAUAUAAUGUCUUACAUGAAUAGUUUGAAAGGUGCCCAGAUCGAAGUAGAGAGUGAAAAAGUGAAGCUUAGGGCUGCAGAGGCUCAGAAGAAGGAGCUUGAACGGGAGCUAUCCAUGGAAAGGGAACUUAUUGAACGAUUGCAGGAGGAGCUAAAUAAAGAGAGAUCAUCUUUGGAACAGACAAUUCAAGAGAAGUCUUUUCUGCAGGAGGAGCUAGACCGAGAAAGUACUAAAGUUGGAGACAUGGAUAAUCUUCUUCAGGUUAAGGAGUCAGAAUUGGUGGAAGCUCGAUUACAGAUCCAGCGCUUAGUGUCCGAGCAGGCUUCUCUCCAGCUAAUUUUGGAGGAGAAAGACAUGGAACUUUUAAAUGCAAAGAAGAAACUAGAGGAACUAAAUGAUGAGAUUGCUGAGCUUAGGGCUCUUAUGAAAAAGGGGGAAGACCAGCUUAUGCAAGCAACAAUCAUGCUGAAGGAGAAAGAUGAACAUGUCCAGAAAAUGCAACAUGAGCUAGAUGAUACAAAGCUGAAAUUCUCUGAAGCAGAAACUGUGGUUCAAGAGAUUGUGGAGCUCACUAACAAAUUGGUUACUUACGUGAAAGAUGACUAUGAAGGAUUACAUCUAUAUUCUGUCAUGGAGAACAAGUUGUCAAGCCAAUUUUUAAAGGAACCUAUUGGUGAUUUUAAAUGGCAAAAGAAACAGCUUGAAGCUGAACUUGAGUUUACCAGGGAGAGCUUGAGAACAAAGGAGAUGGAAGUUCUUGCUGUACAGAAGCAGCUAAUACUAAAAGAUGAAGAGCUCAAAAUGGUCCUUGGAAGAUUAGAUUCACGAGAGAAAGAACUAAAGAAGAUGAAGGAAGAAAUGAUGCAAGAUGCCAAUGACCUGCGGAAGCUUUAUUCUUUAGCACAGGCAAGGAUUGGGGAGAUUAGCAUUGAUGACCUAGCAAUUGAGAAGCUCCAACUGGAGGCGGUUCAACUAGAAGUUGAAGCCGCAACUAGUGCACUCCAUAAACUCGCUGAGAUGAGUCGAGAACUUCUGCAUAAAGCCAGCACGAGUGUUGAACUUCAAGCUGAUUCUGAUAUUGAAGUCUUGGUGCAUAAUGGGUCUGAUCCAGGGGCAAGUGCAGUCAACCAUGGAUGCCUGACUGAAUUCAGAACAGAGGUUGCCCGGCUUUCGGCUUUGACAGACCAACUUGUGAAAGAUGCUGGCAUUGUUGCUGGUGAGAACUGAUAUGAUAGAGGUAAUUUAAGGCCAUUGACUACGUUUUGUAUAGAUAGCUGAUUUGUUUCUCUACAAUUGCAGAAAGGUUUAGAAUAUGUUUUCUGUUUUGUUGGAAUGUACUGCCAUAGAAUGGUCAGAUGUGGAACCUGUCAUUAUUAGACUGUCACGAGUUGUGCAAUUGUGCACGAUUUUAAACUUUGUACAUUUUUUUUUUUGGUUUGAAAUCAGCAACAAAGUUCUGGGUUUGUAAUCUUAAUCCAUUUUAGGGAAACUAAACAUGAGAUUUCAGUCUCUCCCCUGAACACUGCAAUGUAAUACUCAUGCGUUUACUUUUAUAUCCUCGCUA